CCGGUUACAUUAUCGGUUAGUUUAACUGGGAUUGUUAUUGCAGGUUGAAGUCCACCGGCAAGUCUAGUUCAGUAGCAGCAUAUCUAAAGAUCUGAAUAGAUUCACGAUGAAUGACAUGGCCGAGAAGUUCUGUAAAGCGUCUACCCUAGUGCCAAUAGGGUUGUCAGCUGCAGCAUUCGGAACCUUUAUGUUUCUCAAGAGAUUUGGUAUCCUGUAUCAGCUAUUCCACAAAGUUGACAACAACAUCAAAAGGAAUGGAGGUGAUAUAGUCGGUGAUGUUUUGAAGGCUCAUGGUGUGAAAUAUGUGUUUACUUUGGUGGGAGGGCACAUAUCCCCCAUACUGGUGGCCUGUGAGAAGAUUGGUAUUCGGGUGGUGGACACCAGACACGAAGUGACAGCUGUAUUUGCUGCGGAUGCUGUGGCCAGAAUGUCGGGCACUGUGGGUGUGGCCGCUGUCACAGCAGGCCCAGGACUUACUAACACUGUGACUGCUGUAAAGAAUGCCCAGAUGGCGGAGUCUCCGGUGCUGUUGAUAGGUGGGGCUGCUGCUACACUUCUCAAGGGUAGAGGAGCACUACAGGAUAUUGACCAGAUGUCACUGUUCAAGCCCCUGUGUAAAUACUGUGCCACAGUGACUAAGAUCAGGGAUAUUGUACCCACACUACAGACGGCUUUACAGAUAGCGCAGUCUGGAACUCCUGGGCCAGUGUUUGUGGAGUUUCCCAUUGACAGCCUGUACCCCUACCAGACUGUCAGUAAAGAGAUUGGCAUCAAGGAAAAGGGCCCACUUAGCCUGAUGCAGAGGAUCACUAACUGGUAUCUCUCUAAUUACUUGAAAAAUCUGUUUGCUGGAGCUUUUGAGGAAAGGGAUAUGAGUCCAUUAGCAAUUGACAUCAAGAAACCAAGUUCUUCUCAAGUCCAGAAAGGUAUAGAAAUGCUUUCCAAGGCAAAGAAACCUGUGAUUCUUAUUGGUAGUCAAGCCACACUUCCCCCAAUCCCUGUUGAGGAGCUGAGAAAGGCAUUAGAGGACAUUGGUGUGCCUUGUUUCCUGGGUGGUAUGGCAAGAGGACUUCUGGGCAAACAUAGCUCAAUACAGGCACGACAGAAGAGGGGCGAGGCACUUAAGGAGGCUGAUGUUGUCAUCAUGGCUGGUUCCGUGGCAGAUUUCAGAUUGGGAUACGGAAGGGUGCUUAGUAGGAAGUCCAAGAUAAUUGCUAUCAACAGGUCCAAGGAACAACUGUAUAAGAACUCAGACAUGUUCUGGAAGCCAACUCUGGCAGUGGAGGCAGACGCAGCCAGCUUUAUGGUAGAGGUAGCACGAGGGCUGAAGGGAUACAAGUGUGACCCACAGUGGCUACACCAGCUGAAGGACAAGGACACUGUAAAGGAAAAGGCUAACCUGGAGAAGGCCAAGGAAGUAACUGACGUCCACCUUAAUCCCCUAAAGGUCCUCCACAUCACGGAGGAAGUAAUGGGAGACAACACAGUGAUGGUGGCUGAUGGUGGAGACUUUGUGGCUACUGCCUCUUAUAUCCUACGACCCAGGGGACCUCUCCACUGGCUUGACCCUGGAGCAUUUGGAACACUAGGAGUUGGUGGUGGGUUUGCAUUGGGGGCGAAACUGUGUCGCCCUGACUGUGACGUCUGGAUUAUCUACGGUGACGGCUCUCUUGGUUACAGUGUGGCUGAGUUUGAUACCUUCACAAGACAUAAGCUGCCAGUGAUUGCCUUGGUCGGAAAUGAUGCUGGCUGGACGCAGAUAGAGCGAGAACAGGCACCCAUGUUUGGAAGCAGCGUUGCCUGUAAACUUGCUUUCACUGAUUAUGAAACGGUUGCCAUUGGAUACGGUGGAAAGGGCCUGCGAUUGGACAGGUCAAAUGAGGACAAGAUCAAAGAUGUAUUAGAGAAUGCUGUUAAACAGAGUCGGGAUGGAGACAGUGUGCUGGUCAAUGCCCUGAUAGGAAAGACCAACUUCAGGGAGGGCAGUAUUUCUGUGUAAUACAGCAGAUGGCUGAUGUCCAGUCUGUGACAAAAUAUAUACUGACUGGGUAUCUAUAUAGAGCUAAAGACAUUCCUGUGAUAUUUUUUCUAUACAUUUAUAUUUUGAUCAUGAAUCAACAGCAUACUGUACUAUAGAAAAGGGUAACCUUGCUAAAGCCUACACAGAUCACUGUCCCAGGUUGUGUUGGGGCUAUGUUUGUACACUUUGGUGUAAGGGUGGAGUAAUGAUGAGGGAUCUAAAUGUGAGGGUUUGUGUGCCUGUGGGAUCACCAUGAGAGAAUCACAAGUCAGUGUGGACUUGAGGGUUAAUCAUAGGGGAUGACAUGUUAUUGAGGGUGGAGACUCUAUACACUUCGCUUUGGAUUGUAUGUAAGUGUGGGAGGAGACUAGGUUGUGUCUGACAGGGAAUAUAAGACAGUAGGUGAGUUAGACAAUGACAUCAUUAACUAAUGUUAAUGGGUUGUAUGAUAUUACAAUGUGGUAUAAAAGUGAUGUACAGAUGUCAAUUCUUGUAAUUCUGUUUUCCAUUGAAUAUUUAAACUUAAAGUUUUCACAGAACAAAUGUAUUCCUUGUGCCCUGUAAUCGUUACCUGACAUUGUCUUUGACUUGUCAUUUCUGUUCAUUUGUAAAGUGUGAUCAAUGAUUUAAAAUCUAAUGUUAUACAUUUCCUUUAAUAAUAUAUAUUAAUAAUUGUUUUGUGGUGAGCCAUAACAUACAGCCAGUGUUCAGGCCAUGCAAUACAAGGUUGUGUAAUUCAUGCUGUGUCUGUACAAGAUGUUCCACUACCCUGAUACCAACAACUUUUGGUUAGAACUCCUCUGUGAUUAUGCAAUGAUCUAAUCGAUGAUGUGAAAGACAAUGGGUUCUAAACAUCCAAGUGCAAUAUUACACUCUGUUAAUGUGACAUCCUGCCCUCAAUAUGGUUUUAUCAAUGAUUGUUGUUCAGUUCAAGUUUUCGGAAAGUAAAUUAGAUACUUAUAAUAGGGGAUAUUCAUGAUAACGUUUUGCAGCUAACAUAAAAGAACAUAAAGGUUUUGUUAUGAAUGAAAUACCACACCAUGUUUUUUACCUGAAGUCGCAGACAGCACUCACUUUUAUUGUCCAGACAUUCACAUUCACUGAAGUGCUAUACUAACUCCAGGAUGGUUUAGUCUACAACUGUAUGUGACGUCGGAUAGAAAUGAGUGUGCUCAUAUCUGCAUAACUUAUUCUUAUUGAGAGACUUCAAAUUCAGUUAAAAAAAAUCAUAUAGUCUGUAUAAUACAAUACCGCAAAUAUCGUUUUCCACUUGUACUGAAAAUAACAGGAUAUAUGGAGGGGUCUCAUGUACAGUUGGUUCAGUAGGCAGCCAUGUACAGUUGGUUCAGUAGGCAGCCAUGUACAGUUGGUUCAGUAGGCAGCCUUGUACAGUUGGUUCAGUAGGCAGCCAUGUACAGUUGGUUCAGUAGGCAGCCAUGUACAGUUGGUUCAGUAGGCAGUCAUGUACAGUUGGUUCAGUAGGCAGCCAUGUAUAGUUGGUUCAGUAGGCAGCCAUGUACAGUUGGUUCAGUAGGCAGCCUUGUACAGUUGGUUCAGUAGGCAGCCAUGUUCAGUUGGUUCAGUAGGCGGCCUUGUACAGUUGGUUCAGUAGGCAGCCUUGUAUAGUUGGUUCAGUAGGCAGCCAUGUACAGUUGGUUCAGUAGGCAGCCAUGUAAGCAAACUUUGAUACUAUCCUUUUAAAUCCUAUUAAAUAUGUUUUCUUCCAUUGUCAUCUGUUACCAUUGAUAAAUUAAGGUAAAAGGUACCACAGCAUCAAGUAUGAUUGUGAAAAGAGUUCCCCUUCAGAGCUGCUUUUCUGACAGAGUUACUGCCCUUUGCAAGAUAUUUGUCUUUGAUUUUGAUACUGUGCAUUUAUAACAUGUGGAUUAUCUGUUUUAAUUUUUUGUUCAUUAUUAAUUUUGUUUUCAAAUAAAAAUGUAAUCCAGUUUUUAACAACUUCAGUUCUGUAAAGUGCAUUGCAAGAUGUGCUUUAUAAUUAUUGAAUUACUAUUUAUAAUAGUGUCAAUGGAAAUAAUCACUUUAAUCUGAUGGUACUCUUUACCUACAUUUUCAGAUAGUGUUGCUGAACUAUACAAGUUCUUCAAUCACUGACUUCUACAUAUCUGUCACAUGUCUGUCACAGGAACUCAGUGCUUUGAGAUUAAAUUUUUAAAGAAACAAAU